AUGCCUGGCGAAAGCCUCAGGCUAGCCCCCACCAGGUCGGCCGAGGACAGCGCAGGCAUCUACGAUCCAUACCAGACCGACUCCAGCUACUCGAUCAAGGACCCGAUGCCGGACAAGGUGGAGGACCUAGAGGUGGAGCCCAACAGGCUGCCGCUGGGGACAGCCAUCAAGCGGUACCCCAAGGUGGCGGCCUUCUGCGUGGCCAUCAUGGUUCCGGUGGUGUCGUACGGGUACGACCUGGUGAUUGUCGGGUCGAUCCCGGGCGUGGACGCCUUCAAGGCGGACUUUGGCGAGAGGAUAGGCGGCGAGAUGGCGAUCCCGGGCAUGUGGCUGUCGCUCUUCAUGGGCCUGUCGGCGGCCGGGUCGGCGGUCGGCUCCGUGGUGGCGGGGUGGCUGCAGGACAGGAUCGGCCGACGGCUCGGCCUGAUGGCCGGGGCGGUGCUGUCGGCGGCUUCCAUCACGCUCAUCUUCUUCUCGCGCUUCCAGGAGGCCCACAGCGCUCGCAGGGCCGUGUUCACGGCCGGGGUGACGGUCCAGGGCUCGUCCGUCGGCCUCAUCAAGGUGGUCUGCAUCACCUAUAUAUCCGAGAACUGCCCCCCGGCCCUGGUGGCGCCCGCGCUGUCGCUGAUCCCGGCCUUCAACCUCGUCGGCCAGCUGACGGGGUCCGUCCUCCUGUUCGCCGUCAACGGCCUCGACGGCCCCGGGGGAUACCUGGCCGCCUUCGGGUCGCAGUGGGUGCUGGCCGGCCUGUCGCUCGUCCUGUCCGUCUUCCUGCCCGAGAGCCCGGCCUACCGGGUCCGCGAGGGGAACGAGGCCGGGGCGCGCCGCAGCGCCGCGAGGCUGUUCGCCCCGCGGGCCGACCCGGACGUCAUGCUGCGCCGCACCCGGAGGACCGUUGACGAGGAGCGGGCCCUGCACGCCGGCGUCGGCUGGGCCGUCCUCCUGCGGGGCGCCAACCGCCGCCGCACAAUGGUCAUCCUGCUGGCCAACUGCUUCCAGGCCAUGUUCGGCCUCGACCUGCUGGGCAACGCGAGCGUCUUCCUCCAGAGCGUCGGCGUCGAGUCCGGCGUCGCCCUGCUCGUCAUGGUCGCCGGCAUCGUCUGCGGCAUGGCCGGCAACCUAGCGGGCAUAUGGGUCCUCGGCAAGGUCGGCAGGCGCCCCGCCUCCAUGGCCACCAUGGCCGUCGCCGGACUCUUCUGGUCCGCCCUGGGCUUCGCCGGCUUCUGGCAGACCAGCGCCGCCGGCUUCUUCUCCGCCGGCUGCAUGGUCGCCGCCGCCGUCGUCUGCGGCCUGGGCGUCUGGCCCGCCUCGUACGCCAUCACCGGAGAGGCGAGCUCCCUGCGCCUCAGGGCCAAGUCCCAGGCCGUCGGUGGCCUGGUGCAGGAGGUCCUCUCCGUCGUCAUGGGCCUCGCUCUGCCCUACGUCUUCAGCCGCGACGAGGGCGACCUGCGGGGCAAGACGGGCCUCAUCUUCGGCGCCCUGUGCGCCAUCGGCGUCGUCCUCAUCUUCUUCUUCAUCCCCGAGAUGAAGGACCGGUCUACCAUGGAGAUUGACCGCAUGUUCGAGGCACGUGUGCCCACACGGAAGUUUGGCACGUGGAAGGCCGACGAGCCGGCGCCUGCUAGCGACGAGGAGGUCACGGGUUAUUGA